ACGAGUGCGUCAAGUCUUCAUGCAUGACAGUUACUUUCGACUGGAUGUUGUUGGACACGCUUUUUUCACUUCUGGGUGGACAUUGAAUUUUUAUGAAGGUUUUUGGGACGUGUGAGUACGAAUUGAUCGACUGCUGAACAAGUUGUGGACAUUCCGGAGCUCUUGCAGGAGACGAUCCAAAGGUGAUGAUGAGCACCGAGGCGCACUCGCAUUUGGGACUGCAUAAACCCCCAAUGAGUUUCGUCAGCGAUUUCGACUUAAUGAAGUUCGGCGUGAAAAAGGAGGCGAUGCAGGCGAUAGAACGCUCCCUCAUCGGGCCGUGCACCCAGCUCCACAGACCGGACUCUGUGUCGUCCACCCCUGGGAGCACACCUGGCAACUCGAUGCCCUCGUCGCCAAACCUCCCUCCGAACGAGUUGCGAAAUAACCCCGAUGACUCGUUUUGGAUUGCAAACAACGGGGGUUACCCUCAUCCGCAAAUGUACCCUCAAUCUUUUGGGCUGACCCCCGAGGACGCAGUCGAGGCCCUCAUCGGGGCCACGACGCAGCAGGGACAUCCUCCAGCGGCUCACGGCCACCAGCAACCACCUUUCCCGGUUGAGUACGAAGGCUAUAACCAGCUCGGCGAGACUGCGCAUCACUACUCUGAGCUCUCGGCCCCGCCAGAUAUGCUCCCCGGUAGCCACUGCCAAGAUCCAUAUCUCAAGAAUGACAUGAGCAGCGCAUCCCCUCAGUCCCCAGACGAAGUCAGCGGAGCGCACCGUAACCACCCCCACCUUCAGGGGCAGCACAGGCGAAGCAACGCCGAAUUGCACUUCUCAGACGACCAGCUGGUGUCCAUGUCGGUCAGGGAGCUCAAUCGGCUCCUGCGUGGACUCGGCAAGGACGAAGUCAUGCGUCUGAAGCAGAAGCGGCGGACCCUGAAAAACCGAGGCUACGCACAAUCGUGUCGCUACAAGCGCGUCCAGCAGAAACACAUUUUGGAGCACGAGAAGACCAGCUUGGUGUCCCAGGUCGAGCAGCUCAAACAUGAACUGAACAGGCUCGUCCGGGAGAGGGAUGCGUACAAACUUAAGUGCGAGAAACUGUCCGGUGCAAACUGUUACCACGAAACCGGGUCAACUAGUGACAAUCCAUCCUCGCCCGAGUAUAUUAUGUGAGUUGUGUUGAUUGUACUGUAGCUACUUUUCAAUAACCAGCAGUCAACUUCGUUUUUCAACAAUCACCUCCUGUUCGUUUAUUUCAUCAUGUAAGACUCAAAUAUACCAAAUGUUUGUAAAGCGAUUCAACAAGUGAUGAAUGAAGACGCCCAAUGUAGCAUGCAUGCAGGACAUGUGUGAGCAGUUUAUAGAGACAUAUCUGCAUUUUGUGUGAAAUUACCUACUUGAAAUCAUCCCUUGCAGUUUCCUUUUUGUUCGUUUUCCACCUGAUUUUUGCAUUGCAUUUUUAUUAUCACUUGUGAGUUCCUCUUUCUUAAAAUACAUAUUGAAGACAAUGAUGCUAGUUUUCUCUGCAGCAUUAUUUUUACUCAGCUGAUUCUGCUGGACAGAUGUCUUCUUUACUUGCUUGUAUUUUUUAAAAAGAAAACACAGUUAUGCAAAUUGUUGUUUUUCCACAUACUAUGGAUCAAUAAAACUUGUGACUUUUUA